UCAUCUGAGCCUGGCAGAGCUAUUAGAUAGAGCCGGAGCUCCUGCUGCUGCCUCCAAGCCUGCUAGAGAGUCUGGAUAACCACAUCACUUACACAUAACUGGGUCCCAGUCAAUGAUGAGGAUUAUCUCCUGGCAGUUGAUCCUACUGGCUGUAGUUGUGGUUUUACUAACUGUGGUACCCUAUGCUGAGGUUAAGACUUCGCCAAAGUACCAGUACACCAAGAAACCCAUCCCACAGGUCACAGGUCACAGCCCUGUGACCACGAGCAAACCUAAAGCUCUCAAGAUAGCACAGACCACAAGUCCUGUGGUGACCCACCCACCAAUUACGACAGAGAGGAAGACCAACACAAAUCACAUCUUCUCCCAGUACAACACUGAGCGAACGGAGAACCCUGGUGUUGGUCAUGAGAACUACACCCUGGAUUACAGCGAGUGUUACUUCAAUUUCUGUGAGUGCUGUCCACCUGAGAGAGGCCCCCAGGGCCCAAAGGGGGACAAAGGCCUGGCAGGGGCUCCCGGUGAAAAAGGUCUCCCAGGACCAAGUGGCUUACCUGGACCACAGGGGCCGAGUGGUCCUAUGGGACUUAAAGGAGAUAAAGGAGAUAAAGGGGACAGAGGAAACAGUGGCAUAGCUGGGACACAAGGAGCGCCAGGGAAACCCGGACAGAAAGGUGAUGCUGGUUUAAAAGGUGUGAAAGGUGAAAUGGGUUUACAAGGUUUGAAAGGUGACAUUGGUGAGAGUGGUGAACCUGGUCACAACGGGACUGCUGGUGAGAAAGGAGAACCAGGAAAAGAGGGACCACGUGGACCUCCAGGAACACCAGUAGAGCAAGGUGUGAAGGGAGAAAAGGGUGAUAAGGGAGAGUGCACCAUGCAGGGAGAGCGAGGACCAAAAGGUAAUGCAGGGGAUCAAGGAUCUCCAGGUAUCCCAGGAGCUAUGGGCAUUCCAGGCAUGAAUGGCAAGCAUGGUUCUCCAGGUCCUGUGGGGGUGCGAGGUGAUCCAGGACUUCCUGGACCACAAGGGGAAUCCGGGCUAAAGGGGCCAGAGGGUGCAAUGGGCCCAAGAGGGUUGCCUGGGACAAAAGGAGACAAAGGUGAACGAGGCAUGAGAGGAGAUCGGGGCUUUCGUGGGCUUAAAGGAGCUAAGGGAUCAGGAGUUCCCCAAAAACGCUCCGCUUUCAGUGUAGGAAUAUCCCCUCGAAAGUCUUUCCCUCUCUCUGGCUUCCCGAUCCACUUUGACAAGAUUUUCUACAAUGAGGAAAACCACUUCAACGUGUCCUCCAGCAGAUUUACGUGUGUUCAUGCUGGCGUUUACGUUUUCUCUUACCAUAUUACCGUGCGUAAUCAGCCACUACGUACCACUCUGGUGGUGAAUGGCUCACGGCGUGUACGGACACGAGACUCCUUGUAUGGACAGGAUAUCGAUCAGGCAUCUACUUUGGUGGUACUGCAGCUGGCAGCCGGUGAUCAGGUUUGGGUGGAGACACUCAGAGAUUGGAAUGGUGUGUACGCCAGCAGUGAGGAUGACAGCAUCUUUUCUGGAUUCCUGCUAUAUCCGGAUAAACCCUGACAUCUGCCAGGUUACUGGUCACCUUUUGAUCCACUGCACUGUCUCAGCCUCACCAAAUCUUUAAAAAGGCCAAAUAAUUGUGGUGCCAGAUGAUGAUACUCAUGAAUUCCUCUCAUGACUUUGCUGCACAAUGCACUAUUUCCAGUCUUUAAGGACUCACAACAUUGAGUUCAUGUCCCUUUGCUGUGUUCUUAUAGAACCUUUUUAUUGUCUGUUGUUGCAGCAGAUGGCCUGUCAUUUCCAGCCCAUCACUAUCAUGUAUUUAUAGAUAAUCUACUUUUGCCAAUGCUCUCAUUGAAGUGCAAUGGCUCCAUGGUAUCCUUUACGCUCUGCGGUAACUUUUCACCUCACUUAUCUGAUGCAAACUUGUUCAUUUUCAUGUAACUUUUUUAUUCUGUUUAUCAUCAUCAACAAUUAGACAGUAUAUACACUACAGUUAAAGAUGCACAAAAAGAUCCACUGAUAAA